AUGAUUUUGGAUAAGCAAUGUGAUAUUGAAUGGUUUUUAUUAAGGUCAUUGAUAGAGUCAAAAAAGAAUGAAAAUCAAAAGGAGAAAUUAAAGGAAUAAUCUGAUAUAUCUUAAAAGAUCAUAGAGUCAUUUUAAAAGAAAGAUGAUAUAAAAGAAUUUGAUUCAGAGAAAAAGGAGAAGUUAUUGAAGAUUUAUUUUAAAAAAUGA